ACUUCGGUUGGCCGUCCUGAAUUUUGACAAUUGAUGUAACAUCGAUUGUCAGUGUUUAUAAAAAAAAUUAAAGUUUUCCUGAUUAGAACGUUAAUUAGGGUUUUUUCAAAUGGCUUCGAUAAUUUUGCGUUCACGGGCACUCCAGAAGUGCCCUAGUUUAAAGUCACUUGCUAGUAUUUCCACAACUUCAAGCCGACAAAGUGACGACGUUUCUAAAGCACUUAAUCAGAAAGAGGCCCCACAAAUCAACGAUCUAGCCUUGCUUAACCCUGAAGAAGUCGAACAACGUAAACGUUUACAGGGUUACAUAACAGUGGACGCAACUACUGAUAUUUCAUGCGUGACGGGGGUCCCAGAGGAGCACGUCAAGGAACGCUUGGUGCGCAUUUAUGAGCCGUCUAAAAAUGCAAUGCAAAGUGGGACUGACAACACAGGACAUUGGGAGAUGGAUUUUGACACUCGCGAGCGCUGGGAGAACCCUUUGAUGGGCUGGUGUUCGACCGGUGACCCAUUGUCCAACAUGAAACUGCAGUUUUCAAGCAAAGAGGACGCAAUCCAGUACUGUGAGAAAAACGGCUGGCAGUGGUACGUCCAGGAGAGUUCGUUUGAGAAACCGUUCAAGCCAAAGUCGUACGGCAUUAAUUUUGCAUGGAACAAGCGUACUCGAGUGUCCACCAAGUAGUUUGAUUAAAAGAAAGCUUGAUUAA